AUGGUUAUAAGAUAUAUAAUUGCGAUCCGUUUGGAAAAUGCUACUCAAAAUGUAAGCUUGGCUGAUGGUGGUAUUGGUAUUGUGGAAAUGCUUUUUUGUACAUCACUGGUUGCUUUGGUAGGAGCAGGUGAACAUCCUUCAUUUUCACCACGACGGUUACAAAUUACAAAUACAAAGCGUCAGUCAACAAUAUGCGAACUCACCUUCCAAACGUCAAUCCUUGCAGUGAAAUUAAACCGUCGUAGGUUGAUAGUCGUUUUGGAACAAACUAUUUUUGUUUAUGAUAUUAGCAAUAUGAAAUUAUUGCAUACUAUUGAUACUAGCCCCAAUCCAUCUGGUAAUCAAGCUAUUUGUGCCCUUUCUCCUUCAAAUGAAAAUUGUUAUAUAGCCUACCCUUCUCCUACACCUUCUCCCUCAUCUCCCUUUUCAAGUCAUGGCACACAACAUACUUCAUCAUCUGGUGAUGUUUUGAUUUUCGACGCUUUAUCAUUACAAGUCGUAAACAUCGUUCAGGCUCAUAAAAGUCCAGUUGCUUAUGUAGCCAUCAAUUCCGAAGGAACUUUAUUGGCAACAGCUAGUGAUAAGGGUACUGUUAUUCGCGUGUUCUCUAUCCCAAAUGCGGUCAAGCUGUAUCAAUUUCGAAGGGGAUCUUAUCCUGCACGCAUCCAUUCGAUCUCCUUUAACCUUGUCAGCACAUUAUUGUGUGUUUCAAGUGAUACGGAAACAGUUCAUGUUUUCAAAUUAGGUGGAAAUGCAGUUGGUCCAGGAGGAAACGCGGGUGCAAACAACGGCACUGCUAACAGUACGGGAGGAGUUGCAAGUGCGUCGCGCCAUUCUACUGGCCCAACAACAAUAGGCGGAUUUGAGGCCUUCAUUGAUGAAAAGAAAAAAACUGGAAAAGGCGUUAUACGUCGCCAAUCUCUUCAUCUUGGUCGUACUGUUGCUGGUAGCGUGGGUAAUUAUCUUCCGGAUGCUCUAACCGAAAUGUGGGAACCAACACGUGAUUUUGCAUAUCUAAAAUUACCUAGUUCGGGUGUUCAAAGUGUUGUGGCAUUAAGCAAUACCACUCCUCAAGUCAUGGUGGUCACUUCUGAAGGAUAUUUCUAUCAAUAUAAUAUUGACUUGGAGAAUGGAGGUGAAUGUGUGUUGCUUAAACAAUACAGUUUAAUGGAACCAAAUGAAGACGUGGGAACAUCGGUAAUGGCAGAAAAAUAUGGUGAUUGA